GUUAAGUCGAAAAAUAAAUAAUUUUAUAAAGUGUGUCAGUUCAUCCCUAACCAUGCUGCUAACACUCGCCCUGCUGGGGCUGGUCCUGGCCUUGGCCUACAAUUUCUAUCAGAAUAUCUACACCUAUUGGACCCGGAAGGGGGUCUUACAUGAGACCCCUCUGCCGCUGUUCGGAAACAUGAAGGGAGUCGGAAUCAAGUACCAUAUGCGGGACAUCAACCAAAGGAUUUACGACAAGUUCAAGGGAAAGGCUCCCUUUGCGGGAAUGUUUAUGUUCUUCAGGCGCACCGCCAUGAUUAUUGAUCCGGAUCUCAUCAAGCAGGUGCUGAUCAAGGACUUUCAUUACUUCCAAGAUCGUGGCGGCUUUAACAGUAGCCGUGACGAUCCCCUGACUGCUCACCUGUUGACUUUGGAGGGCGAGGAGUGGAAGUCAAUGCGCCAAAAGCUAACACCUGUGUUCAGUUCCGGCAAGAUCAAGAAGAUGUCCGGAGUGGUCGUGGAGGUGGGUCACCAACUAAUCGAUGCCAUGGAUCAGUGCGUUAGGGAGGCAGCCGUCGAGGAUGGCGAUGUGGAAAUCAAGGACCUCUGCGCCCGCUUCACAACAGAUGUGAUUGGAUCCUGCGCUUUCGGACUGGAGUGCUACAGCCUGAAGGAUCCCAAUGCCGAGUUUCGGAGCAUGGGUCGCAAGAUCUUCGAGAAGCCACGCCACUCGAUGCUGGUAAACAUAUUCAUUAUGACCAAUGCUAACUUGGCCAAAAAGCUGCGAAUGAAAAUAUUAUCCGAUGAAGUAACCCAGUUCUUCUUGUCGGCUGUAGAGAACACAGUCGACUAUCGCCUAAAGAAUGGCGUAAAGCGAAACGAUUUCAUCGAUCAGUUGAUCGAGCUGCGGGCCGAGGACCAGGAAGCGGCCAAAAAGGGCAUAGGCAUUGAUCUUUCCAAGGGAUUGACCCUGGAGCAAAUGGCUGCCCAGUCCUUUGUGUUCUUCUUUGCUGGAUUCGAGACCUCUUCGAGCACGAUGUCCUUCUGCCUGUACGAGCUAGCUCUGCAGCAGGACAUCCAGGAUAGACUGAGGGAGGAGAUUGAAACUGUUCUCAGUGGAGGCGAGCUUACGUAUGAUGCUAUAGCUGAGAUGACGUAUCUGGAUCAGGUUGUUUCUGAAACUCUUCGCAAGUAUCCCAUAGUUUCAGCCCUUUUCCGCAUUGCACACGACAACUACAAGGUUCCCCACACGAACCACGUCCUUGAGAAGGGAACCACGGUGCUGAUUCCCGUGCACAAUAUACAUCGCGAUGCCAAUAUAUAUCCGGAGCCGGAUAAGUUCGAUCCCAGUCGCUUUGAGCCGGAGGAAAUCAAGGCUCGUCAUCCAUUCUCCUAUCUGCCCUUUGGUGACGGUCCCCGAAAUUGCAUUGGCUUGAGGUUUGGAAAAAUGCAAACCAAGAUCGGCAUCGUCUCCUUGUUGCGGCGCUUCAAGUUCAGUAUCUCAAAAAGGACAGAGGUUCCCCUGGUCCUGGACAUUCGCAGCAACACUCUGAACUGCAAAAAUGGCAUUCACCUGAAAGUGGAGCGGAUCUGAACACUAGGAUUUGAGGUAGAAAAUAUCCUUAAAUUCCAUGACAAGUGUAAAAAUAAAUUUAUAUUCACAAAUUUAAAAUGUUAAUUUUAAAUGUAUUAUUAGUUUUGGAUUAUUUUUCUAUAUUCUGGGAUUACC